GGGAAGGGAGUAGGUGCCUGUUGUGCCCGAGGUCCCCAAGGGCUGACACGGUGCAUCACCUGGCACAGCCUGGGCCUCCCCCACAGGACUGCCCAGCGGGCGUCACUGUGGGAGUGGGGCGGGGCGGGGCAGUCCCAUGCCACCUGCCAGACCGGCGUGGAGGUGAGCGGGGACCCCGGCAUCCCCCCCUGCACCGUCUCUGCACCCGGGCGCUCAGCAGCAGCAGCUGAUGCACUUGGCGGGCUGGGAUUGCGUCUGGAGCACCUGGUCCGCAACUCCCUGCCCGGAGCAGCCACCCCACGGCCCGGCAGCACCUCCCCCGCCGCACCCAGGGUUUCUGCUCAGCUAGUCCUGGACUCACUGCCCGUGGCCCCAGCACCUUCCUGCCCUGGGACGUCUCAGCCAGGAUGACCAGCGCACGCUGCCGCACAGACAUGCGCCCCAGAGUGGGUGCCCUGCAGAGCUCGGGCCUCACCCUCCUCCUGUCCCUCACCGCCCACUGCUCCGGGCCCCAGGCCAAGGGUCUUUCCCCAGGAGGGCUGGACGCCAGUGGGGCCAACCUGUGGGCCAGUGCCAACUGCUCCCUGCUGCAAGGCUUCUGGUGCCAGCCGGCCGGUCAGCUGCCCCGGGACCAGCUCUCAGCCCUAAUCCAGAGGCUGGCCUUGCUGCAGGUCCCCCUCCAGGCCUGGCAGCUCAGCUGCUUGGCCAACCUGGCAUCACGGUGCGGCCUCCAGGACGACUUCACGCUCCACCCGCCCAACCUGCUGCUCUUCUACAACCUGAGCCAGGUGCGGGAAGCUGACUGCCGGGCCUUCAUCCGCCGCGCCGCCCAGGGGGACGUGGAGCUGCUGAGCCAUCUUCCCGACCAGAGGGUCGCCCUGCAGCGUGUGGCUGUGGGCUGCCUGGGGGGAGCCCGCCCACAGCUCAGCGCCUCCAACCUGCCGCUGCUCGGGGCCCUGGUGUGUGACAUGGACGGGUCCAGCAUCAGUGCUGCGGACCCCCACGUGCUGGAGAACCUGCAGCGCUGCCCCCGGCUGACCACCGCCCAGCGCAUCGCCCUCAACUCACUGCUGGCCAGUGGGAAGACCUCGCUCGGGCCCCCUGGCUCCUGGACACUGCAGGGGCUGCAGGCCCUGGGUUCCCUGGCCACAUACAUCAGCCCUCACCUGUGGGCACAGGUGCAGGAGGCCGUGGGCCUGGGCUUCUUCAGCAGCAUGGUGGCGGCAUGCCGGGCAGGGAGGCUCAGCCAGCACCAGGCCAGGCGCUUCGUCACCAGCUUCCUGGAAUCCAAGACCAAAGCGGUGUCCUCCAGGCCCAGGCUCAGCACAGGGAGAUCCUGUGUCCGAGGCAACAUCACGGCCGCCACACUGCGGGACAACCUCUUCCUGGUGCACUAUGACUGUGCACAGCUUGAGUCCUGCCUGGAUGGCCACGUCCUCAGAACCAACCUGGAACCCCUGCUACAGCACCCGCUGCCCACUGAGUGCCAGCGCGUGGUCAAGGCCAAGCUCACGCAGAUCUACCCACAAGGCCUCCCGGAGGAUCAGCUGCGGCUCAUCACCUCGCUGGUCUACCUCUACUCCUGCACCGAGAUCGGCCAGUGGAGCAUCACCUCCCGGGGCACGGUUGUGGCUCUGCUGGCCUCUGAUGUGGCCCUGGAGAACCAGACAGAGGCUGUGCUGCAGAAGUUUCUGGAGCACAAUGGCACAGUCUCCGGCGCCCUGCUGCUGGCCGUCGGGGGCACCCGCCUGUGCUGGAUGAGUCCUCAGCAGAUCCAGACCAUCCAUCCCCAGGAGCUCCGGCUGGCUGGGGCCCUGGACGUCUCUUCCUGCCCCCAGAGCCGGAAGGACGUGCUCUACGCCAAGGCCCAUGAGGCCUUCAGCAGCAGCAGCAGGACCCCGGCUGCCUACUACCACUUCAUGCGCCCCUACCUCGGCGGUGCACCGGCGGAGGAGCUGCAGCACCUGGCCCAGGCCAACAUCUCCAUGGACAUAGACACCUUCACCAGCCUGAACCCCCGCGUGCUGCAGAGGCUGGAUGUCAGCAACGUGACUGCGCUGCUGGGCCACAACGUGGGAGAGCUGCAGAAGGCCCGCAGCCACCCCACCGUCAGGUCCUGGCUGUACAGCCUCAACAGCUCCGCCCUGGGCCAGCUGGGCCUGGACGCCAGCCCCGCCGGCCCCUCCAGCCCCGCCAGCCCCUCCAGCCCCGCCGGCCCAGCCCAUGGCACCAGCGGGCCCCCCAGCACCACCCACCAAGCGCCCCAUCUGGUCCACACCUCAGGCCUGCCUGGGAACGCUGCCCAGGCCUCCACCUCAGGCAGCCCGUGGGCCCCCCUGGGGUACCUGCCCCUGGCGGUGGCCCUGCCCUGUAGCCUCCUGUGGUUGCUGCACUGGGGGACCUGCACCCUGGCUUCUGUGGACAGUGCUGCCUCAGGGUGGUUGGGUUCACAGGGGUCAGGUGCAGGAAAAACAGGGCUGUUAGAUUCAGCUGGACACCCACUUGGACUGAGGGGCCGGCUCUAG